AUGGGAUCCAUAACCGUUCUCCUGGUUACUCAAGUAGCUUCUUACUUAGAACAACAACUCAACAAACGCUACAACCUUUUCCGCCUAUGGGACCACCCACAAAAAUCACACUUCCUAACUCAACACGGCGCCUCCAUUCGCGCGGUGGUCGGACGCUCGACCGGCGGCGCCGAUUCUGAACUCAUUGACGCACUUCCGAAUCUGGAAAUCAUUUCGAGCUCCAGCGUUGGUGUUGAUAAGAUAGAUCUUGUCAAGUGCAAGGAGAAAGGGAUUCGCGUUACGAAUACGCCAGAUGUUUUGACUGAUGAGGUUGCUGAUUUGACUAUUGGUUUGAUUCUUGCGCUUCUUAGAAGGAUUUGCGAGUGUGAUCGGUAUGUUAGAAGUGGAAAUUGGAAGCGUGGUGGCUACGAGCUCGCUACUAAGUUCUCUGGGAAAACUGUCGGCAUUAUUGGGCUGGGAAGGAUCGGCACAGCAAUUGCCAAGAGAGCUGAAGAGCAAACCCAUCAUAUCAUCAACCGGGAGGUCAUUAGUGCACUUGGUCCGAAGGGUUUCCUGAUUAACAUCGGUCGAGGUAAGCAUGUUGAUGAGCCAGAGCUGAUCUCUGCGUUGCUUGAAGGUCGUUUGGGUGGAGCUGGACUCGAUGUGUAUGAAAAUGAGCCUCAUGUUCCUCAAGAGCUACUUGGGCUACAAAAUGUCGUCUUGUUGCCUCAUGUUGGAAGCGCCACAGUUGAAACCCGAACUGUCAUGGCUGACCUUGUUCUUGGAAACCUAGAGGCUCAUUUCCUUGGAAAGCCACUGUUAACUCCCUUGAUUUAA